CUCUACGACAGAGUGAGAAGAUUAAUUCUUCUUAGUUUUGAAAAGUCUUUUUUCUUCCAACUUUACAGUCCAAGAAAAGCACCCGACCUCAUCACCAUUUACGCUUGCUAAAUACCCCCAUCGCCUGAAUCUAACGCCCGCAAACGAAACAACUGCUGCUGCUACUUCUUCUUCUUCUUCCUCCGAGAUAUGGCCUACGUAGACCACGCCUUCUCCAUAACGGACGACGACAUUAUGAUUGAGACUUCAUAUGUUGUCAACAAUCGCCCUCCUAUCAAAGAGAUCGCUCUCGCCGUCUCUCUCCUUGUUUUCGGCCUUGUCGGCAUCGUUUUAGGUCUUUUUAUGGCUUCUAACAGAAUCGGCGGUGACCGUGCUCAUGGGCUUUUCUUUGCUAUUUUGGGAGUAGUUCUGUUUAUACCAGGAUUUUAUUAUACGAGGAUUGCUUACUACGCUUAUAAGGGAUAUAAAGGCUUCUCUUUCGCCAACAUACCUCCUGUCUAGUUAAUCUUAAGCUCAAGCUCCAGCUUGGCCCAACUACUCAUGUACAGAUCUUUCUCUACUUGUGCUUCUUCCUUUAAUGUAUUUGUGGUUCUUUAUUUCUUUUAAUAUUUUUGUUUUUUAAUUGCUCUGAACAAACGGUUUUUGUUGCAAUAUACUGGAGUAGUGUCUUACAUUAUCGUUAUCUUAGUUAAUAAUAUUUUCUAUUUCGAACUC